AACCGGCAGGCACCCGGCCCAGUCGACCGAACGCGCACCACCACCGUGUACGUGUACACCGUACACCAUCCGUGUGGAUAUCACAUUAUAUCUUAUAAUAAGGUAACCGUAUUAUUGCAUAUGAAAAACGUCAUAUCGUACUCGGAUAAGUUAGUUUAUUUAUAAAUAUAAGGUUAGAUUUUCCUCUCGCGUGCGCGCGCGACGUCGAAGAAUUCCAUUACAAGUCCUAUAUUGAAUCUCAUACAUUAUUAAGAUGGGAGUACAAAUGAGAACGAAGACCGAAGAGACGGCCGAGCCUCUGAUUGAAAAUAACAACAAGGAAGGCGUAGAAGAACCUCUGAAGCCUCAACCUCCACAAAAACGUGAAAUAUUAUGGGCUACAGCUAUAUAUUUAACCACUUGGCACGUGUUGGCUGUUAUCUGUACGAUACUUUACUGGAAGAAUGUCAAAAUGGCUACCAUCUUAUGGAGUCUCCUUGUUGGAUUCAUUGGACAAUUUGGUGUAACAGCUGGUGUGCACAGAUUUUACACUCACAGGUCGUACAAAGCCAAGGUUCCUUUGCAAAUCAUCCUUCUGGCUUGCUAUUCAGUUGCUGGACAGUACAGAGUAACAGAUUGGGUUCAUGACCACAGAUUGCACCAUAAAUUUAGUGACACUGAUGGUGAUCCACAUAAUGCUAACCGAGGAUUGUUCUUCUCUCAUAUUGGUUGGUUGAUGCAACGUGGACACCCAGAAGUAUUCCGUCGUAGCAAAACCAUCGAUAUGACUGAUAUAAAUAAUGACCCUUUAGUGCAAUUUCAUACAAAAUAUUAUUGGUUUUUCAAAAUUACCCUUUGUUUCAUUUUACCUGUACUUGUACCUAUAUAUUGUUGGAAUGAAAGCUGGAUGGAAGCCAUUGGAAUUAGUGGAGUAUUGCGAUUUGUGAUUUUCACCAAUAUGACAUUCUCAAUCAAUAGCUUGGCUCACUUUUGGGGAACAAAACCAUAUGACACGCGCAUAAGACCUGUACAAAACAUGGCUUUGGCUAUAUUAACUACUGGUGAAGGCUGGCAUAACUAUCAUCACGCAUUCCCAUGGGAUUACAGAGCAGAGGAAUAUGGUGGAAAUAUGACUAACCCAACUACUAUGAUAUUGGAUUUGUUUGCCAAAAUUGGAUGGGCUUAUGACUGCAAGACACCAUCAGCAGAUCUCGUCAAACAAGUAGCUAGCAAGCACGGUGAUGGAAGUUGGAGCGAAGUACCAGCUGAAUGCAAAUAGAUUAUUAUCAACACUAAUGCAUUUUUCUAAAUAAUUAUAUAAGACUUCAUAAACUUUUAAAUGCCUUCAUAGAAUGUUAUUUAAUAUCUAAAAUUAUGAAGACUAGAAUACAUUUAUGUUGUACACCUGAAAUGAUAAUAACUGCAAUGGCAUUCAGUAUUUCAAUAGUUUUUGGUUUUACUUUAAAUUUUGGUGUAAUUUUAUAGAUUUUUUUUUUUUGUGAAUAUUAGCAAUACGAUUGGGUAACAACAUAUUAGUAUAAAUUGAGUACUUGACACAUAUUUAUGUAUACAUACACAUACUAGUGUACAUAGUAUAGUCAAUUUUGGCUACAUUUCUGUUACGUCUUGCACAUUAUAUAUAUAAUACACACAUAUAUAUAUAAACAGAUUAUUAACUAUUAUAAUUCAAUUUUAAAGUAUUUCAAUAAAUAUGUAUAUGGUGGUCAUUGAAACAAAAUGGCGUAUUGUGCUAAUAAUGCUCAAACAUUAGUACCCAAUCGUGUUACAUUGUCCAAAACUUAGAUAAGUAUUAAAUAAAAUGAUUUAUUAUAAACA